UUUCGAACUUCAAUGGAACCAUUCGUUAAUAUAUUUUUUGCGAUAGAUGAGCAACAAAAUGAGACAAUUACAAGAGAUGAAUUGAGACGUUAUGUAAAGCACAAUCAUUUAGAUGAAGGGAUGAUAACGAGAUGGCAAGCAUUAUUUGAUCCAACAAAUACUGGUAUUAUAACAUUUCAAAAAUUUUGUGAUGUCCUCGGUGUAAAACCGGAACAAGCACGUACUCUUCGGAAGAGUGUUGUCAAUAACCGACCACUGCCGAAAGAUUUACAAAUAAUCUCCCAAAAUAUGUCACCAGAAGAUCAAUUCCAAAUAUUUGAAUUUGUUCGAUCACUGUUAGAUAAAAAUUUAUCAGGUCAAGAUAUGACACAAAUGAUAAAACAAUGGCUUGAUAAGACAUUCGAUCCUUCAUGGCAUGUUGUUAUAAUCGAUGGUUCAUAUUGGAUAUCGUAUUCACAUUUACCUGAACAAUCUCUACAAUUUCGAUUGAAAGAAAAGUGUUAUUUAGUUUGGCGCACACCUAAAUAUUGACAUUGAAUCAACAAAAUUAUGAUAAUUGCAGUUACGUAACGAGUAUUUAUUAGUAAUUGAAUUUUGUUUACCCAUAUUGUUGUUUAACCAACUGCAUAUAUAUACAUAUAUAUAUCGACCCAAAUGUCAAACUAUCGUUUACUUUAUCCAGUGUUCACCAAACUAUUUUAUUAUAAAUCCUUCACAGUUUAAUCAUAUCACAACACACACAUCACCGUAUACAAUUUAUUUAUUUUGUUGAAAUGUUAUAUUGAUGUGUAUGUGAGAUUGAAACUUUAGCAUAUGACUUUGUGUCAUGCAUAGAAAUAUAACUUACAAAAUUUACUUCAAUAUACUUCUUUUA